AAUCAUCAUCUUCUGAUAAGUGAGCUCGGCUUGCUCGGUUCUUAGCUGCAUUUGUUUGAAGUAUUAUCCAAGUUUCCAAGUUUUGUCAAAGUGCCUAAUAUCAAUAAAAUUUCCAGGAAUACAAUAUCUUUCAAUAUCUUUUUACAAUAUCAAUAUUCUCCCUUUUGUUUCCACUAAGCAAUUGGGGAUAUCAACUUCUCUCAGCAUGUCUCUUAUGGGGAAGCCAAUUCUAUAUUCCUACUGGCGAAGUUCAUGCUCAUGGAGGGUGCGGAUUGCAUUGAAUUUGAAAGAAAUUCCUUAUGAUAUCAAACCUAUAAGUUUAAUUAAAGGUGGUGGCGAGCAGCACAGCAAUAUUUUUCGUGAUGUCAAUCCAAUGGAACAUGUACCUGCACUCCAAAUAGAUGGUCAUACUCUAAUUGAAUCGCUGAAUAUUAUGCACUAUCUAGAAGAAACAAGACCUCAACGGCCUCUCAUGCCACAGGAUGUCCAUAAAAGAGCGAAGGUGCGUGAAAUAUGUGAAGUAAUAGCAAGUGGGAUUCAGCCUUUACAAAACUUAACUGUGUUAAUUUAUGUCGGCGAAGAAAAGAAAAAAGAAUGGGCUCAGCACUGGAUUCAAAGAGGGCUCAGAGCCGUAGAAAAAUUGCUAACUGCAUCAGCAGGAAAAUACUGCGUUGGUGAUGAAAUUUCUUUAGCUGAUUGUUGUUUGAUUCCACAAGUCUUCAGUGCUCGCAGAUUCCACGUUGAUUUACGUCCAUUCCCUAUCGUUCUGAGGAUUGAUCGAGAACUAGAAAACCAUCCUGCAUUUUGCGCAGCACAUCCGUCUAACCAACCAGACUGCCCACCGGAAGUGACCAAGUAAUAUUCAGGUGAUCAAGCUUCUGUGGCAAAUUUUUAUCAGUAUCUCUUUUCAUAAAUGUAUCUCAGUUCAUGUUGAUGGAUUUAAGCAGUCAUCAAAAGUGAUGAAGUAUUCCCUAUGAGUUAGCCAGAAAAACUCAUUGAUUUGAAAGCUCGUCUCCAGCAAGUUUCCAUAAUCUUAUCCUACAAAGCAAUUUGAAUGCAAGUGAUCCUCCUCAUAUGGUGCUCUCAGGGAUGAUUGGAAACUUGCGUGGGGAAUGACGCUUGUAAAAUUAUUUCAGAGCUACCUCCGGUGUGUUUCUGGUUUCUUAUUUCAAUUUGAUCUUGGGGCUUUAUGCUAGGGCUGUGCGAGUACUCAAAUUUCUAUUUUUUGUAGUCAGGUAAGGUUCGAGCAAGUACACAAAUUUGGCUCAAGUGCUGAUAACACAAGUUUUUUCAAAUAUUUUGAGCUUUUUUGAGCUGGAAACGUUAAAACAGUCAAACUACUAAAUAUUUUAAUCAUUCUAUUAUUUUUAGAGUCGCCAUUAUUUUUUAUUGUAAAAUCACGUGUUAAAACUCAAAAUUACUUGAAAUUGACUCGACUUGAGCUCGACUCGGCUCGAGGGUCUUUUUCAAAUCUCGAAAAAGCUUGAACUCGGCUCUAAACAGUGAAAAAAUACUCGAACUCAGCUCGAACCCAAACUUUCAGGCUCGCACAGCCCUACUGUAUGCCUGUUUUUUUUUCGUUUCCUACCCGGAUGAGGUGUCUAAUUAGUCCAAUUAGUAUGGUAAUUUCUUGAGAACAAGGACAGGUCAACAAUUUCACCUUUCAGCAUCAAAGCUGUAAGAUUCUGGUGCAGUUUUGAAGUUGUUGUUUUGAGUGUGCAACUUGGAUCUGCUGUUUUUCAACCAAAACUAGUACAUUUUUUAGUGGAUGUGCUGCAGUUGAGUACAAGCGGCGUAAUUAAUGUUAGGAAAAAUGAGAAAAUUAAGGACGAUGAAAGUUCGUUGAUGGCUGUGCAUGAAUAAAAGUAUUAAUAGUUUUAGGUCAUAUUUUACAAACUUAAUAUCAGGGAGCAAUGUUUCUGUAAGUAGAGUAUGUGUAAUUUAUUUUUUAUUGUAUAAUGUUAAUUUUAACCAAACUGUAAUGACAGGGUGUCUACCGUGCAGAAAGAGAGCAUGAUUACUCUGAUAAGCAUGGAUUUUUAAAGUUCAGUGUAAAGGCGUAGAAAAUUUUCCAUGUAAAGGUACGGUUUUAUCGGCUUUUUGUGAUGAACUUCAAAAAAUAGCCUCAGGGAUAUGCAAUUUCUCAAUGUAGUCCUCUUUACUUUUUCUAGUAGUUGGAUUCUUUGUGUGUUGGUUCAUUCUAGUCCACUUAAAAUGUACCCACUUUCCUUUCUCGGAUCCAAAUUUCUCAGAAUUUUGUUCUUGCUGAUGAAAAUUGAAGCAAACCUCGUCUUUUUUGAAUGAAUACUAUCGCUCUUACUAUGUUUUCUUUGCUGAAUAUUGAAGAUCAUCAGGAGCACUAAGGAAAUUAUUCGUGCUAAAUUUUGAACAAAAUUGUCUAUUCAUAUGUGACUUAAGAAAUGUGUGUCCUUCACAAUUUAAACAGUAAAUGGCAAGGAAAAAGUUAAGGAAAGGUAAUGAAUUAGCAAGGAAUCUGAAUGAUAAGAUACCAAUAGACACACUAAAUAGUCUGCAUUCGGAAGGCUUUCAUGUCAAUCCAAGAACAAAACUUCAUCUAUUAAUUGCAGUGGCCAUCACCACUUACCUCUACAAUUUUGCUGGACAAAGUCAACAAAAUUUCUUGAAUCAUUGCUAAAGACCUCCAAUAAAUUUAAUAAGAAAUGCGAUAAGAGGUAGUGUAUCAUUGACUCAUAAGAAUAAUGAGGCAUCAAUUCUCUUAUCAAAUUCUGAAAACGUGUACACUCAAAAAUGCUUGCUGAAGAAGCAUAUUUUUUUAAUGACAACUAUUUUAAUGUCUUUGCCAGCAGUUUAUUAGAUUCGAAACCACCUGUUGAUUAAUGUAAUGCAAUGGAGUAAUAAUCAUGGAUUUUGGUACAUACCUUAUUUAUUGUUAACAGUUCAAACUUCACCUUUGGGAACAAUUUUCAUCACUUGUCUUUAAAUGUUCACCCAAAUAUUUUCUUUCCAAUCAAAAACCAGUGGAGUCUAGUAAUUCAGUUACCUACCUCUUAACAUCAGUAGAAUCUAGGUACCUAUAUAGGUAUAUGUGAUUAAAUAAAUCCUAAUGAAUUUCCUUUUAGCCAAACACUGUAGUUUGUCCAAAUUUCUAUCAUGUGCAGUACACAUGGUUGGUAGGAAGAGCCUCGUUGACAGUUAAACAUUUGUCUCUCCAAAAGUGAGCUACUUCUGAAUGUUUUUCAGUUUAUAUUAAACCUAAACAUACAUUUUUUAGCAGAUUUUUUAACAAAUAACCUGAAAAUGACAAAAACCUGUGUAUAAAUCUGACAGUUCAAAUGGCAUAAAAAUGGAUUUAUUGCAUUUACAUUGCAUUUUAUGUUUUCUCUAUAUUUUUAGAUACUCGUAAUAUUUUGUCCAGAUCCUCUUAAAAGUAAAUUUCUAUCAGAUGUAGCGCUUUGAAUGUAUUUCUGAGAACCUCAACUUAAGUGAGGCUAAUUAAGUAUGUGAAAUCUUUAUACUGAUGGUGGGCUUCCCGGAGGCUCCACUUUGACCUUUAUAGGAACAUGUAAAUACAUAACCGGGCAACUGAUAAUAACAUGAAUAGUCAUCCCACUAGUGAGGGGAAUCCCUGUGUUGCGAUAAAUGUAUUGUUCCAAGGGGCCUUUUGCGUCUUUAAUACUUAGGUUUGUAAGUUUAUUGAUUUAAUCAGUUUAAGGUUUAUAUCUAUUUUAUUUAUGUCUUCAUUGUUGACACUUAUAAAGUGUUCUUGUGCACAAUGGCUCAGUACAACUGUCUACUUUUAUUUUUAAAAAUAUGCAAAUAAAAGAAAGAACCAUC